AUGGCCAAGCCGCGCGAGCAGAGGCCAGAGGGGACGAAGAUGCUGCCAGAGUUCGAGAUGGACUUCUGCUACCUGCUGCAGGACCCGAAGAGGAGGCACACCCCUGGAGACCAGGCCUGGGCGACGACGCUGGCAUUGGCGGGUACGGCAGCGCAGAACCCUAUGGUAAUCGCAGUCCCGACGAAGUCCGACGAGACGAACUACAUCUCAUCAGCCUGCGCGCCCUUCGUCAAGCGGAUGGCCUACCCGAAGGCGAUACUCAAGGUGGACCCCGAGCAGGCGCUGGGAGUGAUCGCAGAGAAGGCGAGGCAGAAGUGCCUGACCGACGGGAUCAAGCUCGAGAUCAAGAAAACGCCGAGGUUCAGCAGCCAGAGCGUGGGAGCUGCGGGCAGAGCUCAGCAAUCAGCUGAGGGCCAGAUCAGGACGAUGAGGCUGGACGUGGAAGCGCGGUUGGGCACGCAGAUCGACCCCUCCAUGGACAUCUGGCCCUGGAUAGUGGGGCAUGCUGGCUGGGUGCUCGAACGGUAUCACGUGAAGGCGAACCACAGAACAGCGUACGAGGACAGCUACGGCAAAGCGUACCAAGGAGAAGUUCUGAAGUUCGGAGAAGCGGCGCUCUUCAAGUUAUCGGUCACGGCGACGGGCAAGAUACGAGGUGGAGUUAGGCAAGGACGAGCUGACGCCAGGUUCGAGAGAGGGAUCUGGCUGGGCAAGACGAUCGAGUCGGACGAGCACUUGCUCGGGACCAGCGAGGGCGUGUUCACCACCAGGACGGUCAAGAGGGUGCCAGUCUCAGAGCAGAACCGAGCGGACCUCAUCAAGGCCAUCAAGGGCACGCCGUGGGAUAGGUGCGCCCGGAGCCACAAGGUGGCGCUGCAGGAGCGGCAGCCCCAAGUCAGGCAGCAGCUCCAGCUGGGGGCGACGGUGCAGCUCCAGCUGGGGGAGUCGCUGGGCAUCAGGACGCCGACCGAGAAGAAGGCGAGGGUGGACGAGUUGGUCACGAUGGACGCGGAGGAGUACCAGGCGGACUUCGACGACGGCGCCGACCUGCAGGAGGACUGGGACGAGUACCAGGGCGCUGACCCUGACACAGCGAAGGCCAUUCUCAAUGGGAGCUACCAGCAGCACUGGAAGGCUCAUAGACCAGCACGCGGCUGCAACUCGAUGGUCCUGGACGCCCAGAACGCGCACUUCCACGCCGACGAGGACGAGGAGGUGUACGUGGAUCCGCCAGUUGAGCGGGUCAAGCGGCACCGCGCUCGCGGCGGCAAGAUCGAGAGGCCGUGGUGGAAGAUGAAGAAGCAGCUCUACGGGAAGCGCAAGGCUUCGAAUAAGUUCAACCAGUACGUGACGGACCAGACCAAGAUGCUCGGGUUCGACCAGUGCCCCGAGCAGCCCAGCAUCUUCAGAAGGCCAGGCUCGACGCUGGUGUUCGAGGUGCAUCAGGACGACAUCUACUCGUCAGGGAGCGACACGGAGUUGAAGUGGCUGAAGGAGAAUUUAGCGCCAGUACUCAAGCUCAGAGAGGCGAAUAGCAUGAAGGUCGGAUCGGUGUACUCGUACCUCAGAGCGACGCGCACCAGAGUCGAUAAGCACACGAUCCACAUCGCGCCGAGGCCAAAGUACAUCGAAGACGUCUUGCGCGAGCUCGGGUUGGCCAACUGCAAGGACGUGCCGUGCCGACGAGAGAGCGAGUACUACGCGGCAGCCACCACGGUGGCGGAGGGCCUCCACACGCAGAAGCUGAUGGAGUUCAUAGGGUUCCCAUUGGAGCUCAAGCACAGGCUGGGCUCGACAGCGGCUCGCGGUAUCAUAUCAAGGACUGGAUGUGGAGCGCUCGAGCACAUAGAGACGAGGCUGCUGUGGCUGCAAGCGAAGUACGACGAGAAGAAGCUCAAAGUUCACAAAGAGCGGACUGCUGCCAACACGGCAGACGGCUACACCAAGUCACUGCAGAACGCGAAGUUCGUGGAGCGGAGAGCGAGGCUUGGCAUGGGAUUCGACAACGGAGACAGACCCGAGACCAGCAAGCGUGAGGCGCUCAGUGGCGACAGUGGCCAGUGGGCAGGCGGAAGCAAAGGACCAAGGGCGUUGUUGGCGGCAGCGAUGAUGCUCAUUACGACGAAGGCGGAGAACCAGAUAGCAGUGGUGGGCCGCUACGAG